AUGCCGGAACCCUCCCUCAACAACGAUGACGACAGGAACAACGGCAUCCUCUCCCUAGCCGCGGAGGAAAAAAGCAUAGAAAAUGGGUCCGGCACGCUCUCCCCCGAAAAUGAAAAGGAUGUAGAAAAUGGCACUCUCCCAGCCGAACCACCAAGCGAAAAGCCCGUCGUCGAGGCGCGCCCCAACUACUCCGUCUUCACGGAGUGGGAGAAGAGAGGCAUCGUGAUCGGUGCCGCCAUCGGGGCUUUCUUUUCGCCUCUGACGGCGCAGAUCUAUCUACCGGCGCUUACCACCAUAGCGACGGAUUUCCACGUCACGGUCAGUCAGAUCAAUUUGACUGUUACUACGUAUAUGAUUUUCCAGGGGCUGACGCCGAUGUUCGUCGGUUCCUUGGCUGAUACAGCGGGUCGUCGUCCGGCCUAUUUUAUCUGCUUUAUCAUAUACAUCUGCGCCAACAUCGGAUGUGCCUUGGCGCCUUCUUAUCCGGCCUUAUUAGUAUUGCGCAUGCUGCAAUCCGCGGGCUCGAGUACGACUGUAGCGCUCUGUCAAGCAGUUGUAGCAGAUUGUAUCACCUCAGCGGAGAGAGGUCACUAUGUUGGUUACACUUCGCUCCCGAUUCUGCUAGCACCAGCUGUUGGUCCUAUCAUAGGAGGUGUUCUGUCGCAGUAUGCGGGGUGGAGAUGGAUCUUCUGGCUUUUGUCGAUUCUAGCGGGGAUCGUUCUCACUAUUCAUGCUUUCUUCUUGCCAGAGACGUGUCGGGAAAUCGUGGGUGAUGGUUCGAUCCGACCGCAUCCAGCUUAUCGUACGUUGUGGCAAUUAUCCAAAGACGCCCUACGACGGCGUCGCGAACGGCGCAACCAACAAUUAAACGGCGAUCCCUUAGCCCACACGACUUCGCACGCCUCGACGAAACGCAGCCUCCGCAUCAAGAAGGUCAAUAUCCUUCAAUCCAUUAUCAUCCUUUGCGAGAAGGAGAUGUUUGUCCUGCUCUCCUACGGAAGCAUUGCAUUCACGGGCUUCUACUGCGUCGCCACCGCCAUGCCCACGCAAUUAUCAGAGAAAUACGGCUUUGAUCAGGUCAAAGUCGGACUCAUGUACCUUCCCAUGGUUGGUGGUAGCAUAAUUGCUGCCUUCAUCAACGGGAAAUUGAUGAAUUGGAACUACCGACGGCAUUGUAAGUUAUUGGGUGUUCCCUAUGAGCGCAGCAAGCAGCAAGAUUUGUCCGAUUUCCCGAUUGAACGUGCGCGACUCGAAAUCGGUGUCCCGAUGUUGUGCUUGACGAUUGCAUGCAUCCUCGGUUGGGGCUGGGUGUUUCAAUACCGCGCCCAUAUAGCCGUACUGUGUGUACUGCUGUUCUUACUGGGCUGGGCGGUAGUCGGCUUCAGUAAUUCGAUCAAUGUCCUCCUCGUCGACGUAAACCCCGGCAGUGCAGGUGCUGCUACUGCGAGUAAUAAUCUGACCAGAUGUUUAGUCGGGGCUGCGGCGACCGCGGUGAUUGGACCUAUGAUAAAUGGUGUUGGUACUGGUUGGUCAUUUACAAUUCUUGGUCUCAUAUACAUAGCGUUCUCGCCGAUGAUAUUCAUGGUUAUGAAGUAUGGAGUCAAAUGGCGGAAAGAGAAACAGGAUCGUAAAUUGGCGAAGGAACAGAAGAAAGGCGCUGCCACCGGAAAAUGA